AUGCUUAGGCAUAUAACGCAGGAUGAUAUCAAUCUGAUCACAUCGUCACAAGUCAUUAUCGAUUUGGCUACGAUAAUCAAAGAACUAAUUGAUAAUUCGAUCGAUGCGGGCUCGAAUUCGAUUGAAAUCAUUUUAAAGGACUACGGUGUUGAAUCCAUCGAGUUUAUGGAUAAUGGAUCUGGUAUCAGUCAAGAGAAUUUCGAAAACUUAACAAAGAAACAUUACACUUCAAAGAUAUCGACGUUCGAUGAUAUAAGUAGUUUGAAAACGUUUGGUUUUAGAGGUGAAGCCAUUUCAUCCAUUGUUACCAUUGCUGAAAAAUUUGUUGUGGUGACUAAUGAAGCUGAAGGCUCGUCGAAGGCUACUGAAUUGGAUUAUAACAAUGAUGGAAAAUUAACCUCUCAGAGAGUUACAACAAGGAACAAAGGUACUACUUUCAAAAUCUCUAAAAUUUUUUACAAUCUACCUGUGAGAAGGGAAAAUUUCAUAAGAAACAUUAAAUCACAAUUUAAAAGUUGCAUUAAUCUGAUACAAAGUUAUUCCAUCAUUCAAGAGAAUAUUAGUUUCAAAAUUUUCAAUAUUAAUACAAAGAAUCAAAAAAAAUCAUUGAUUUUAUCUACAAUCAAAUCAGAUAAUCUAUUCAAGAAGAUUUUGAAUUGUUUUGGACUAAGUUGUACAAAAUGUCUGGUUCCUUUAAAGAUAAGCCUUGAUUUGAAUUCUUAUAAAUCUCAAUUCUCCAAAACUGAAGAUGAUUUCUAUGAAUCUAUCGAUUAUAAAAUUGAACUUGGCGGUUACAUUUCUAAGAUUAAUGAUUCCAAUUCUACAAGGAAUUUGAAAGAUAGACAGUUCUUCUACCUUAAUAAGAGACCAGUCGUAUACCCUUCCAUUCAAAAAUUAAUCACCGAAAUAUUCAAGUUAAACCACAUUGGACAAAGUAACAAAUAUCCAAUGUUUUUCCUCAAUCUGAAUGUAAAUGAAAGUUUGAUAGAUAUUAAUAUUACUCCCGAUAAGAGAACAAUAAUGUUAAGUAAUGAAGAUGUAAUUAUGGGUCUCCUAAAGCAUGAGUUGAAUAAAUUUUUCCAAAUAGACAAUGAUAAAAUCAAUUUAUCGUUCAAUACAAGCUCAUUGAAACGCCCCAAUGAUGAAGAUUCAGAUCUUCAAAGAUUAUCCAAAAGAUCCACUAGGCAUGAACUCACCUACGAUCAAGAGGAGGAAGAGAGUGCCACAGAUAUGAGUUCAUUCAUGGACAAGACAAAUGAUUAUAGUUCUGUUUCGAAUCUGAAGAGUUCACAAUUUAAUCUAGAUGAAUAUUCUAAUGAGCAUCCUGAUGUUAAGUUGCCACAGUCCCCAAAUGAUAAUGAAAGUGCAGAAAUCAUUACUGUCAAUAUUGAUGGUGAAGAAUUCCAACAUAAGAUACUUGAAGAAGACGACAAGUUAGUGUUUUUGCAGGAUAGUGAUCAUGAUACUUCAGACAAACAGAUUUUGAGAUCAGAUAAUGAAAGCUCAGAUGCUGAUACUGAUCAUCCAAUUGAAAUAAAUGUUCGUGAGUCAUUUAAAGAUAGUCCACAUAGGAAAGAACGAGAACCACUUAAUUUGAGUUCUUUUGACGAAAAUAGGAGAAUAACUGAGUAUUAUAAUACUGAGUUAGUAGCCGAUGAGGACGAAAUAAAAGCAGAAAGUAGAAAAUUCAUGAACUUACUUCAGGAUAGGAUUGAGAAAAAUGAUUAUGAUGAUGCUGAUAGAAGCAAUGCUCUUAACAAUAAUGUGGAAGAUGAAGGUUAUCUAACCUUUUCCUUUUCCAAAGAGGAUUUCAAUAAAUUGGAGGUUAUUGGACAAUUUAAUUUAGGGUUUAUCGUGACUUUAAAGAAAUCAUCAAUGAAUAAGUAUGAUAUGUUUAUCAUUGAUCAACAUGCAAGUGAUGAAAAAUUCAAUUUUGAAAAAUUGAAUAAAGAGUUAGUUUUAAAGACACAGAAGUUAAUUGUACCGAUUAAGUUAGAAUUGAAUAUUGUCGAUGAAUUGAUUGUCAUUGAAAAUGCUGAUAUGUUUAAUAAAAAUGGAUUUAAAAUAGAAAUUAAUGACGAUAAUGAGCCAGGGAAGAAAGUUCAAUUGCUUAGUAUACCAAUUUAUAAGAAUCUCACGUUUAAUGUGGAAGAUUUCCAUGAAUUAGUGGAUAUACUAAAAGAAAAGAAUGGUACUUCGAACGAAGAUGAUAUAAAAUUAUGUUCGAAGACGUAUUCUAUGUUGGCAAUGAAGGCAUGUAGAAGCAGCAUUAUGAUUGGUAAACCAUUGACACAUAAGACAAUGACGAGGGUGGUGAAAAAUUUGAAUAAGCUACAAAAACCAUGGAAUUGUCCUCACGGUCGGCCUACAAUGAGACAUUUAGUGGAGCUUAACGAUAAAAAUUGCACAUCGUUUACUAAUGACUAUAAAUUAUAA